UGCCCCCUCUCCUUGGAAUGGUAUCCCCUGAAAGUCUGCUUGGGACAUUACAACCAUGUGGUCAUUCUCUUUUUGCUCCUGAACAUUGUGAGGGGAAGACGUGUACUGGUAAUGGCUCCUUUUAUAGGUCAAAGGUUGACAUCGGGUAGGCAACAUGGAUUCCUUCAAGGUUGUCUACCUCCAGGUGUGCCGGGAGAAUAGGAUCACCCCGCAGCAGAGUGUCCUAGAUCAGCUGAUGGAUGCGGACCCCAAGUCCUCUCUCCAUAGGAGUGGGUCCAGAAGUAGGUCCAGGUCCAGGUCUUCCCUUACCACCCUUGACCUGUCCACGACCUCACUGACCGUGCAGACAUGCUCGGUGCUAGGAAGGGCUCUGGCAACCAAUCAUAUCAUCCAGGAGCUCUUGUUGUCGGAUUGCAUGAUUGGAGAUGAAGGUGCCAAACACCUGCUCCAUGGGUUAUGUUCAAAUACCUCUAUCAGAGCCUUGGACCUCAAAGGGAACAACAUGAGAGGGGCUAGUGCUGAGGCCAUGGGAAAACUAUUCAGACAGAACCAUUCAAUCAAAAGGAUCUGUCUGGAAUGGAACGCUUUAGGCAUAGAGGGCGCAAGAUUCACCAGCCUGGCUGAAGGGGUGUCAGCAAACAGCAGUCUGGAAGUCCUAGACCUGAGGAACAAUCAGAUCGGCCAUGAUGGAGCCAGCCAGCUCGCUACGGCCAUCACCAGGAACAGCUCAGUACAGAAUAUAGAUCUUAGAUGGAAUAAUGUUGGUAUCGUUGGUGGGAGAUCUCUAUUGGCGGGCCUACAGCAUAACCAGACCGUAACUGAGAUGGAUCUAGCAGGCAACGAUAUACCACAGGACAUUCUGAAGGCUAUUGGACUGCUACUGGAGAGGAAUAAAGAGCGAGCCAGCCUUUCGGCCACACACCAGACAAGGCAGGAUAUCAUGACCAGAGAAAUCAAGCAACUUAAGAAUGAGAAACAUCAGCAGGGCAGGGAUCUGUUGAGGAGAAUUGAUCAGCAGAACGAUCAAAACGGGAGAAGCAAACGCGACACAGGCAAGAAGAUCCGCCUUCUGGAAGAGGCGUUGUCCGAGAGGAAGUCGGCCUUCAAUGCAGUUGCUGCAAAAUUGUCCAAAACAGAAGCCGAGCUGUCCUUGGUGUCCCACAGAUCACAUGACCUUGACACUGUCCUUGAGGACACAAGACAGGAGAUGACCUCUACUAUGACAUCACACCAGAGAGAUAUGCAGGCACUGAGAGAGGAGAAAGUGGCUUGUGAGACGAAGCUGAUCACUGAGCUCUCAUCGGUGAAGGAGAGAUACAGAGAGUACGAGGCGAAGAACGAAGAGCUGGAAAGGAAAGUACAGCUCCAGCAGGAACAGAUCUAUGAGCUGAAGGAAGAACUGAUGGCAGCUCAGGCUGAGGUGAAGAUGCAAGCUACUAGGACUGAAGAGCUGCUGCAGGUAGAGCGCAUCAAGCACAGGGACGACGUCGGCGGCAUCGACCGGCGACAUCGCUCCGAGGUCCAGCACCACCGUCAAGGGUUCGAGGAGAGCGAGCGGGCGUACAAGGACCGCAUCGAUCGCCUGGAGGACCACAGGAGGGGUAUCGAAGAGGAGCUCAGCAGGGUCAAGGCCCAGCAGCUCAACGAGAGACUCUCCCUGGAGGAACAGAUCCUUGCCACCAAGAAACAAGUCAGGGAUGAAGAGCAUCAAAGAAGCAAGCUUUUGGAAGACAAGAUCAGAGUUCUCCAGAAUGCGAAAGAUGAUAUCCAGCAGCAUGCGAGCAACCAAAGCCAGAUAGUCGCUGAGGUACAGGCUCGAAACAGCAACCUGACACUGGAAGUAGAGUCCCUCAAGAGACAUCUUCAGGAGAUGACACAGGAGCUAGCAGGGAAGAACAACGAGAAGAUGUCAGCCGUGCAUCACGCAGAGCUCCAGCAUCAGAAGGAGUCUCAGAGAAUGGAGACGAAGCUAGCCCACUUACAAGAGUUCAAGGAGCAAGCCGCAGAUUUGGAAGCAAAACUCUUGGAUCAAACCAGGAAACACAGGUGCGAGUUGGCCAGCAAGCAGGAGGAGGUCGACUCCUUGCAAGAGCACCUGAGAGUCAGAGACAUGGACAUAGCACGCUACCAGGAGGAGGAGAACCAUAGAGCCAGCGCACUCCAGUCUGCCCUCUCAAGCUAUCUCAAUGCACCCCGCUCUCCAGCGGUGACACCCAGGAGAUAGCACAGAUGGGACUACAGUGGAUUAUGUCAGUAAGAUCCUUUAAUCAUGAAGUUUGAAAUGUUCUUACAGCUAGGAAACUUCAUGUAAACAUAAUAUUGUAAGAGUCACAUACACGAGCAGUACGUAGAGUUUCCCGCUGUGACUGCUAAUUUCCAGAAAUACUACCUGGAGAUAGCAUAGUUGGGACUUCAGGGAGGUAAAGUAUUUCUGUAAGAUCAUGUAUUUAUAAAGCAGCUUAUUUCUUUCUAUUGGGAAAAGUUAGAUUUAAUUUUAAUUUUAGAGUUAGAAAUUUCUAGGUGUUAUGAGAUAGAUAUGAAGAGUUUGCUGUCGGGCUACACCCCCCCCCCCAACCCCUUUUCAUGAAUAUUCACGUUUAUAGAAUUUAUCCUGGAAGUUCUGAUGUCAUGCUCAUUCCAUGAACUGUUUCUCCUUCACUGUUUCGUGGAUAAACUCCAUGAACAAACAGAGACAUGAAUUUUCACGUUUAAUAGAAUUUAUCCUGGAAUUUUUGGUGUCUUGCUCUAUCCAUGAACUGUUUCUCCUUCACUGUUUCGUGGAUAAACUCCAUGAACAAACAUAGACAUGAAUAUUCACGUUUAAUAGAAUUUAUCCUGGAAUUUCUGAUGUCUUGCUCUAUCCAUGAACUGUUUUUUCUUCACUGUCUCGUUGAUAAACUCCAUGGACCGGAACACUGCAUUCUUCUAUUAAGAAAUAUGCAAGAUAUUUUCUACAUUAAAGAUGCAUGUUUGUUUUUUUGUUGAUAGAUCCUAUUUUAUUAAAGUCCUAUCAAUAAAUCAAUUUAUAA